UGAGGGGGAGGUUGGGAUGAGACAGGUAGAGGGAUGAGGGUCAGAACGAGGCCACUGAGGCCCUUCACCUGGUUGUUUGGGGCUGACCCUAGUCUUUGGGGCCACAGUGGCAGGGCUGGGCUUUGUCUUGUUUCCUAGGCCACAAGGGUCCCUGGGGCUUCUGUGGAAAGCAGCUUUGGCCUUGUUUUUUGGCCUGGGAACGUGAGGUUCAGGGAGCAGCAGGAGUGCCACCUACAGUGGAGUUUUAGGUGCGCUGAGGUAUGAUUUCAAUCUGAGAGAUUUGAAUUUCGCAGAACCCCUGGUGUAGUUCAGGGAUUUGGGAAGGAACGGGCCUUUUGUGAAUUACCUGUCUGGGGGGGUUAAUUUUAUUUUUUAAAAUGCCAUUUCUCUUCCUUUCCUGGGUGUGUUCUCAGGCUCCCAUCCCUAUGGGUUGGGUUACCAGUAGCUUCCGCGCCUCAGGUGAGGCCAGGCCCUCUUCUCCUGCUUCAGGACCUCAUAUGCACAGACCCUUUUGUUUGUUUUUAAGGCAAUGCUUUGUUCCAAAUCUGGGGCUGAGUUAAGCUGCCUCAGGACAGGUGUACACAUCUGUCAGGUUCUGUCAGAUUACCAAAUAAUAACCAUCCAUCACAAUAAUUCUACCUUACAUUUACAGAAUGCUCACAGAGCAGUUUGGCAUAAUCUUUAUUUAGUCUUCCACAGCCAUCCAGUAGGGUAUUACCCCACUUCUCAGAUGAAGAAAGCUGAGACUCAGAGAGAUAAGGAAAAGGGGAAGGAAAAGCUGGAGGAAGACGAGGCUGCAGCAGCCAGCACCAUGGCCGUCUCUGCCUCCCUCAUGCCACCCAUCUGGGACAAGACCAUCCCAUAUGAUGGCGAGUCUUUCCACCUGGAGUACAUGGACCUGGAUGAGUUCCUGCUGGAGAAUGGCAUCCCUGCCAGCCCCACCCACCUGGCUCAGAACCUGCUGCUGCCUGUGGCUGAGCUAGAAGGGAAGGAGUCGGCCAGCUCCUCCACGGCGUCCCCACCAUCCUCCUCCACCGCUGUCUUUCAGCCCUCGGAAACCGUGUCUAGCACAGAAUCCUCCCUGGAAAAGGAGAGGGAGACACCCAGUCCCAUCGACCCCAACUGCGUGGAGGUGGAUGUGAACUUCAAUCCCGACCCUGCCGACCUGGUCCUCUCCAGUGUGCCGGGCGGGGAGCUGUUCAACCCUCGGAAGCACAAGUUUGCCGAGGAGGACCUGAAGCCCCAGCCCAUGAUCAAAAAGGCCAAGAAGGUCUUUGUCCCCGACGAGCAGAAGGAUGAAAAGUACUGGACGAGACGCAAGAAGAACAACGUGGCGGCCAAGCGGUCCCGGGACGCCCGGCGCCUGAAGGAGAACCAGAUCACCAUCCGGGCGGCCUUCCUGGAGAAGGAGAACACAGCCCUGCGGACGGAGGUGGCGGAGCUGCGCAAGGAGGUGGGCAAGUGCAAGACCAUCGUGUCCAAGUACGAGACCAAGUACGGGCCCUUGUAACCCGUGCCCCCGCCCGGGCGCGCUGCCUCUCCUCAGACCUCUGCCUGGGACCCCUGAAACCCACCCCUGCGUGGAGACUUAUGACUCGUCGUGGGCGCAUGGCGGUGCAUCUGCCCCAGGAGCCUUCACGUUCAAGCUUCAUUAUCACAUGGCCAGCACGGCAACCUCCCUGGGGGCCAGCCUCCUCCCUGGCGGGAUGCGAGAGAAUCUGCGAGGUGGUGAAUCAGCCUUAGUCUCUGUUCUUGGCUGUCUCAGUUGGACCGGAAGGGGACCUCUGGAGCAUGGGCUCUUCUUUUCCAGGGUACCCAGGCUUCCCUGACUCUCCCUGCUUCUCCAGCCUGGGCUGUCCAGGCCUGUCUCCGCAGAAUGAGUCAUGAUGGCUGUCGCCCUUACAUCUUCUCAGGUAGCAGGGCGCAUUUCCAGGCAGGGAGGGUCUGUUGUCCUCCCCAGAAAGUCUUAGAGAAAAACAUCCGUUCCCAUCUUCCUCAAAGGUAAAAAGACAUGCCAGCUCCUCUGUAGUGUCCACGUGGGUGCCAGGCCGCAGCGGCUGGGUGUCUGCACAGCCUGGGACGGGCUUUGCGUCUGGGCCUGCAACAGAAGUGCACCCAACCAUUCCUGGCUCCCUCACCCCUUUUCUCUGUGGCUCCGAGGCCUGGAAGGAGGAGGCCCCGGUGAGGGGUUCCCUCUGCGUUCCACCCGCCGUUGGGGAGAGACUCCCAGGGUGGUGGUCUGAGCCUUGGUCGCCGUGCAUAUCUCCUCUUCUCCAGGUCACUUGUGGAGGCCGCCUGAGUCAAAUUUGUCCCACCAGACUGGGCCUCUGGGCCUGCUGUUUCUUUUCAUCCAGUGACCAAGUUCAGAUCUUGGAUUUAAAAGAAAAAAUCUCCUCGUCUAGGAAGCUUAACUUCCUGGAGCUGGGAUGCGCCUUCUGCAUGGUGUUCAGAAAACCGGUCUCCACGGCCCCUCACGCUGUAGGUAGGGAGCUGGGGCAUGUUUCUCGAGAAGCUCCUGCUCUUUCUUGCUCUGCUUUCCCGUGCGGGCCAGGCCCGAGUCCGCUGUCCCUGAAAAGCAGAAGAGGGCUUCCCAGUUCUGGCUUCAGGAUCCACCCCGUGCGAGCGGCCUGGAGGUCGUCACCAGGCAGGACACCUGGUCACCUGGUCGCAGCACAACUCUUUUGGAACAGCGGGCUCUUGGGACAUUUACAUAGGCUAGAGUCCCCUCGAUCUGGGUCCCAGGAGACAGCCACCCAUGCAAGCCUGGCUGUGGUGUGGUGCGGAGGGGCCCACCUCCCAGCUGCUCCUUUCUCUUGUGUCCAGCUGGACUUGUCCUUUGGCUCUGCCCGAAAGGUUAAUUAAGGAGACCCAGGGAAGCGUCUGCUCGCUGCGGUCAGCUGGGGCACCCAGAGAUGGGUGUUUUUAUUUGCUCAGGGCAGGCAGCCUGUGGUAAGGAGGGGUCAGAGGUGACGGGCACACUUUGUCACAUUCACCACUGGCUUUAUUUAAAGUGGCGGCUCGGAGUCCUGGGCCUUGACCCGUAAAGACUUUUCAUAACAGAUGUUAAAAGCAGGGGAAGCCAUCCACUGGCCGUGGACCACACCCCAGGGGAACGCCACGGCCUUCCAGGGACCUGCACACCCAUCUCUCCAGGGGACUUGACAAGGGUCCCUGAGGCCAAGGGGUGUCAGCGCCCUCCCUGCAGGUCCCCGACCUUUACUUUGUGGUUCUAUGAAAACCAUGCUCACACUUUCCGCUCUAUUGUAACCACAACAGGGCAGUUGCGUCCGGCGUGUCAGUGUCCUGCCCUGGGCAGCCCGCCCGCCCGGGCGCACUCCCCCUGGUCUGGCCACCCACCAAGAGGGCACUUCUCGUUUUUGUUAUUGGUAGAAGAGCCACCAGCUUAAAAGCUCUUCAUUUUCUUUGGCCAGAGGUGUAUGGUUUGUGCUUUUUUCAGUUUUUUUCCCUAAGAGAUGGACGGACAUUUAGUCUCCGGGUGGUGUCCACUUUCCGACCCCAACGGGUGAGAUGAUGGCCUGAUGUCUCUUCUCUUUGUCCCACCUUCUGCCUGGCCAG